AUGGACUAUGGACGUUAUAAAUAUCUCUUGUGUUUAGGUAUAUUAAUGGUAAAAUUGAUAAUUAAUUUACAUCAUCCAAUUAAGAUAAUAAUAUUCACUAACAAAAUGCUUAAGAAUCAAGAAUAUCAAGCAAAAGAAAAGCAGUUUGAUAAACAUACUACUACUAAUACUACUACUAAUAAUGAUGGUAUACAUAAUGAAGGAACAGAUCGGAAACAUUUUUACAUCAAGGUCCUUAUUGUAUUCCUUUCUCAAGUAUUUAUUUUGAAUUUAGUAUUCUACACCUUUUAUUAUAUACCAGUAUUAAAUCAAUGGAUUGGACAACAUAUAUGGUCGAUGUAUUUGUUAUGUUUACUGAAUGGUUAUAAUGCAGUUAUUCUUUUAAAAAUUCCAAAUAUAGAACGAUUCUUCCCUCUUAAUGUAAUUAUAUUGAGUGCUUUUACAAUCUUCCAUUCAUCCAUUGUGGUCAAUAUUACAUAUCAAAAUGGUGCAGUUGAUGAUGCUAUUUCAUUCAUUAUUGUUCUAAUAACAUCAAUGAUCCUAUUUAUCAUUACAACAAAAUAUUCCUAUGAUAUAACAGUGUUUUUCUAUCGAUAUUUCUUUGUAUUUGUAGUGCCACUAUUAUUUACACCAAUCUUUAUCUUAAUAUUUACUUUUUUUGAAUUUGAAUUACUAACAAGUAAAUUGUUCAUGGUGUUCAUUUUUAUACACUUUCAAUUUUUUACAAUCAUGACAGUUCAAACACUUCAAGGUGGUCAUGAUGUUGAAGUAGAAGUAGAAGAUUAUGUACUUGGUUCAAUGCAAAUGUUCAUUGUAAUCUUAUGUUCAUCAUUAUCAUUAUCAACAUUAUUUGAAAGAGAUUCCAUUAAAGAAUAUGAUUUCCUUAAAACAAUAUUCUUAGUAUUCAAUAUUGCAUUAGUGUACUUUUCUAUAAUGAUUAAUGAAACUAAUCUUAAAAUAUUGCUGUUUUUGGGGUGGUUACCAAUAAGUAAUAAACAGAGACUAACUACAUGUAUAUUAGAAAAACGUUUCGUUAUACUAAUUCGUCUGUUAAUUACUCACAAGCAGGAAAAAUGGGAAACGACGACGGUCAUGGUCCAAAAUCCAAAGAACACAAAAAAGACAAAUCACAUAGCCAUAAGGAGAAGCACAAAGACGGUCAUAGUCACCACAGAUCGGGUUCAAAACAUCGUUCUGGGUCAUCGUCUUCUUCAUCAUCGGAUUCCGACCAUAAAAAGAAGUAAAAAUCAUGGGAUUAAGAAGAAUGAAACAGUUUCCAAUUUAUUUCCUUAG